AUGCAAGUCUUUGAAUCCCUGAAAGAGACUAGACAAACCACUAACACUCUUUUCUUGCAGAUCCACAACCAUCCGGAAACUUUAUACGAGGAAGUAUAUGCUCACAAUACAUUAUGUGACUACUUCGAGAAGGAAGGUUUCGCAGUUGAACGGGGAGCGGGAGGUCUACCCACAGCUUUCCGAGCGUCAUUUGGUCCCGAAAAAGGGCCAGAUGGGCAGCUGACAAGAGCGGUUGCAAUCAAUCUCGAGUAUGAUGCCCUGCCAAUUCUAGGACAUGCCUGCGGUCACAACCUUAUCGCAACUGCUGGUGUGGCUGCUGCUUUAGGAAUAGCGGCGGCAAUCAAGGAGGGCAAAAUUUCAGGACGUGUUGUCGCAAUCGGAACCCCUGCAGAGGAAGGUGGCGGCGGGAAGAUCAAAUUAAUCAAAGCUGGAAUCUACAAGGAUAUCUUCUGCUGUAUGAUGGUUCAUGCAAUGCAAUACGACAAUGCUUACUUUACAAGCAUGUGCGGAUCAGAAUUGACCAUUGAGUACAUUGGGAAACCUGCCCACGCAAUGGCCGCUCCCUGGGAUGGAAUCAAUGCGCUGGAUGCAAUGACCUUGCUACACACCAGCAUUGGUUUGUUACGCCAGCAGAUAAUGCCUACCGAUCGUAUCCGGGGCGUAGUACUUAGUGCUGGAGAGAGUUCUGGAGUCAUUCCGCAUUACUCCAAAGCCCGCUACUGCGUGCGAUCGGCCAGUCUGGUGCGUUACCGUACCCUGAAGCGGAAGUUCAUCAACUGCCUUGAAGCCGCGGCGUUGGCGACUGGUUGCGAGCUGAAGACUGAUUGGAUGCCGGCUUAUUGGGACAUACGCGUUAAUCAUGGAUUGGCAGGUAAGUAUGUGGAACAUAUGGAGCAAAUGGGCGUUCCAUUUGCGCCGAUGCAUGAACAAAAGGCGAACAUGACCUGCGCCAGUACUGAUAUGGGCAAUGUCACCUAUGAAGUGCCCAGCAUCCACCCAAUAUUUGCACUGGACAGUCCCAAUGGAUCAAUUCACACAAAAGCUUUCGAGCAAGUCGCAGCCACACAGGACUCUCACGAGCGGGCAGUCAAAUGCGGCAGAGCCAUGGCGCGCACAGGAAUUGAAGUGUUGGUGGACGAGGCGUUCGCAGUGCAGGUGCGGCAGGAAUAUGACGACACGGACAUGAGCAUUGCGUUGGACCCAUGGCCCGAGGUCGCCGGCUUCUCGCACAACCACGGCCUGUGGAGCCUGUCACCGCCGCAAGAUCAAGAAGACGAGCGGCAACUACGCCAACGCAUUGCGUGGCUAGAAUCCGAAAUUGCUCCUGUCUAUGGCUUAUCGGCAGAUGAGGUGCGAAGCAUCCCAACUGGGGAGUCAUUCGUUUCUCCUAUCUCCCAAUCAUCGGUUAGGUCAUCGUCACUCGAUGACACUGAGUUUACCCAGCCACCCGCCGAUCGACAAGAGCAGCCAUCCUCAAAGGGCCAAGACGAUACGGUCGAAAAGGAAGUAGGCGACAUUGCUGCUAAUGUGGCCGUGUUAUCGCUGAAUGCUACUGGAGAAAUGCGCUUUAUGGGCGGCCCCAGUGGAGUCUUAUUCUCGCGACUGAUCGCGUCCACCGUCAAGAAAUAUUUGUACAAUGCCGAUCGUGGACAAAACGAAGAGUUCCAGUCACGCUGGUUACUGUCCAGCCGAGGGUCCAUCCCACAUAAUUAUCACAACGACUCUUAUGUCUCUGCAGAUGCCCUGACGAUACCGCCAUUAGAGACAGCAAAAAGCUACCUGACUACGUACAUGCAGUGGGUACAUCUAACAUACCCCAUAUUUCAUCAAGCAACGCUGGAUUCUCUUGUUUGCUUAGUGUAUGAAGAUCCAUCCAUACUUUCUGCUUCACAGUGGACAAUUUUCUAUCUGGUGAUGGCCAUCGGUGAAUGGCACCAAGGUCAUCUGACUGACGUGUCUGGACCUCCAGGGACUUCAGCCGCGGAAAUGUUCAACUGGGCGAUGACUUGGUUCGAUAGGGUCCUGCCAUUAGAUGGAAUGGAAGGUCUUCAAAUUGUCCUAUUGCUGGCAAUAUACUCUUCCUAUCGUCCCACAGGAAGUAGCCAGUGGCAUUUAGUGGGAAUCGCGAUGAGGCUCUGUAUUGAUAUGGGCCUACAUCGGCAUAACCCCGACUGGAAGUUUUCCCUUGAUGAGUGGGACAUUAGACAACGCUUAUUCUGGGUGACUUAUGCCAUGGACCGAACUGUCUGUUUCAACUUAGGGCGACCUGUCACACUUUCCGACGAUCAUAUUGAUGCUCUAUUCCCCCAUUCUGAACGCCAAAGCCAAACACCAGAGCCCAGUAUUGCUCUAGCUUUGCAUCAUAUUCGGCUCCGAAGCAUUCAAACCCGCAUAAUCAACGAGGUCUAUACUUUGGGCAAGUCCAAGGCUCUCAAUGACGACCACCAGCGAGCGGAGAUUUUAGCCAGUAUACAGCAGCAGCUCAAUGAAUGGCGAUCGCAACUCAAUAUUGUCUAUUCCGCACAUCACAAUCCUCAUUCAUUCAAGUGGUAUGAACGGCUUUACUACACGACCACCUCCUCACUUCACCGAGCGACACCGCUCUUCCCACGGCCCACAGAAGAUUCCAUCAGGCGAUGUUACGAAGCUUCGGUUAAUGCUGUCCGAAUUUACUAUUCUCUCCUCCGAUCCAACGAGAUGGAACACUCCUGGAUGCUUAUAUCCGGAUGCUUUCUUGCAGGUAUCACCAUGCUAUACUCCCUCUGGUCCAGCGAUAUUCUUUCCAAAAGUCUGCGAUUGGAGGAAGUUACCGAGUCAUGUAGAAUGUGUUCAAACGUGCUGGCUGUCCUGUCCGCAAAAUGGAAAGCCUCUGCCAAAUUUAGCGAUACAUUUGAAUCCUUGACCAAUAUUACUACCAAACGGCUCGUGGAACAACUCCAGCACCGAUACAGCAGUGACACGCUCUACACAUCGGCCCCAGAGUUGUUGCCCUUCGAUCCGGGAAUGUUACUGAACUCUUUGAACUGGCCACAGGAUUUCAACUUCCAAACAGCUUUGACGAAUCCUGAUUCCAUUACCGAAGUUUUUGACGAUCUACUUCGGGGGCAAGAGGGGAUAUGGAGUACAUAG